AUGGUGAACCGGGCUAGCCGGCAGAACUCUCCACAGAUUGCACAGACUCAGUGGACCAGAGGUGCCCGAGAGACUGAGCACUGCUUACGUAUGAUGGAGAGGGCAGAUGCUAAGGACCAGUCUUCUCAGGGGGACGAAGAGAAAGAUCCCCCAAAGAGCCACCCUUACUCUGUGGAGACCCCAUAUGGCUUUCAUUUGGACUUGGACUUCCUCAAAUAUGUGGAUGACAUUGAGAAGGGACACACUAUCAAAAGGAUUCCUAUCCACAGAAGAGCCAAGCAGGCUAAGUUUAGUACUUUGCCCCGAAACUUCAGCCUUCCGGACAGUGGGGCUCGCACCCAUGCUGCUCCUCCCCAGCAAAACUGGUCUCCUGUGGUGCCCAGAAAGAUAUCCCUAGGGAUCCAGGAGCAAUCCCACCCACUGCCACUAGGUGAUGUCCCCCACGCCUCAGUGCAUGGCAGUGAGCUGAGCUACCAUCACAGGAAGACCCUGUUGGCAGAGCAUACCAGGCAGGCAGAGGCUGGUGCUCUGGAAGACGGUGGGAGUGGACGGCCCCAGCUUUUAAGAGCAUCCAGCAUGCCUGCUACGCUGCUGCAAAACCGGGCCCCCGAUGAGUCCAGCCUGACCUCAGGUCCUUCCACCCGUCUGCUCCAGGGUGAAGGCAAUGUCUGUGAUGGGACCUUUGACCCUGCAGAAGGGUUCACAGGUUUCCAAGCAUCAAUUCAAUCAACAGACAGAGGGUUGGGAGAGCUGGAACCUGCCAUUCCAGAGCUGAUCUGGGAGGGGGCUGAGCCCGAAGAAGGUGACAUAAAGGCAUCAAGUCACCUCUCUCAGCCAGGUCCUCCCUCCGCAGUCCAGAAUGUACCCAUGGCUCUAGAGGAUGUGGAAAGUCAGCACCAAGCCAGAAAAGCAGAGGUGGUGUUAACUCCUGGCUCCUCCACACCCAGCCCACCCCCUCUGCCAUCCCCCAUUCCUGAGAAUGAGCUCUCCCUGGAGGAAAUUGAACUCAAUAUCAGUGAGCUCCCACCUCCUCCUCCCAUAGAGGUAGAUGUGAGGAGCAUUGGUAUCCGGGUAACAGAGGAAAGCCUGGGCCUGGUGGAGACAGACAUCGGCAGUAUCUCCAGCCUGAAGAAUCAGGUCUCAGCCCUUGAGGACAAGUUGUCAGGGAGAACAGAGGAGCUUACCCAGGUCAGAGCGGCCCUCGUAUGGCAGCAAGAGGAGACCAAGGCUAGGGAACAGAGGAUCCAAGAGUUGGAGUGCACUGUAGCCCAAUUAGAAGAACAGCUUAGUCAAGAGAAGGCCAGUGAUGUUCUGGGCCAGACCGAUGCUGCGGUGAACACUGACCCUCUUCUUGAACUCAUCCCCAGAGAGUCGUGUGAUAAGAACAUUGGGGUCAACCUGCUGAGAAUCCCAGAUCCUGAAUGCUGGGCAUCUAAAGCAGAGAAAAAUGGCUUCCCACGGGUCCCAAAUAGUCACAAGCAAGGCCAUCAGAGCCCCAAGGAGCCUGUGCUGCCACCCCCGCUGUCACUGUCAAGGGGACCUGAGCAGGUCCUUGCCUCCUCCUUAUGUAGCUGCCUCUCCAUGGAACUCAGGAUCGAAGAAGAUGUCUGUGAGCAGGAGAGAGGCCCACAGGCGGGGGCUGAGGACCUGAGCAGGGUGACAGGAGCCUCUUCCUGGAGUAGCACCAGAGAGUCUGCCUCAGUGAUCAGGCAGGAGGCCAGCUCAGAACUCCCAGGGGCAGAGCGUCCAGGAAGGCCUGCAAGUUCCCCACAAGAUGCCACAAUCGGGCAGUAUGUUAAGAAGAUCCAAGAGCUACUGCAUGAGCAGUGGAACUGCCUGGAGCAUGGGUAUCCAGAGCUGGCCAGUGCCAUCAAGCAGCCUGCCUCCAAGCUCAGCAGCAUCCAGAACCAGCUGCUCAGUUCCCUCAACCUGUUGCUGUCUGCCUACUCAGCCCAGGACCCAGAGCAGAAGGAGCAACCUGCCCCACCCUCCUCAACCCCUCCACCACCACUGGAGAUCUCUCCGUCGACCAGCCUUAAAUCCAUAAUGAAAAAGAAAGACUAUGGCUUCCGUGCAGGAGGUAAUGGGACCAAAAAGAACCUUCAGUUUGUUGGGGUUAACGGUGGCUAUGAGACCACUUCCAGUGAGGAGACCAGCGGGGAGGACAGCUCCCCUGAGGACAUCUCUGACAGUGAGACCGAGAAGAAACGUGAUUGCUCAGAGCCCAGACAGGGCAGAGCCAUGCAUCCCGGCUGCGAGGCUGGGCAGGAUGUCUCCAAAGGCACUGGUAGCUCAGGCCAGACAAGUGGAUCUGGGGAGGAAAUCUCUCAUCUGAGGCCUGAGAGAUGUAAACCAUCAGAAGAAUUCCUUAACGCAUGCCAGGCACUGAGUCAACACCUGCCAGAAACCGGGGCCACCACCGAGCAGCUCCUGAGGCAAAGCUUGAAUACCAUCAGUCAAGAGUGGUUCCGCGUGUCCAGCCGGAAGUUAGCUAGCCCUGCAGUGGUGGCUGCCUACCUCCUCGAGGUCCAGCCUCAUGCCCAUCUGCUGAAGCUGCUCGUCAACUUGGCUGACCCAAGUGGGAACACAGCCCUUCACUACAGUGUGUCACACUCCAACUUCGCCAUCGUGAAGCUACUGCUGGACACAGGCGUCUGCAACGUGAAUCAUCAGAACAAAGCUGGCUACACUGCUGUGAUGAUCACUCCCUUGGCUUCUGCAGAGACAAAAGAAGACAUGGCUGUUGUCUGGAAGCUCUUGCGAGAAGGGAAUGUAAACAUCCAAGCAACUCAGGGAGGCCAGACUGCACUGAUGCUAGGAGUUAGCCACGAUCGGGAGGACAUGGUCCAAGCACUGCUGAGUUGCCAGGCAGAUGUCAACCUACAAGACCAUGAUGGAUCUUCUGCCCUCAUGCUGGCCUGUCACCAAGGCAACGCCAACUUGGUUCGACUGCUCCUGGCACACCCAGCCUGCAACAGCAGCCUCACUGACAAGGCUGGCCGAACAGCUUUGUCCAUCGUUCUGAAUUCCCCUGCCCAUGUGGAAAUCGCAGAGCUUCUGCGGGCCCACUCAGAGCGGGGCAGGUCCCUGGGGCUGUAGAAGCUGCAGAAGCAUCAACAGCCAGGAAGCAGAGGCUCCUUUUCUAAACUCCUCCCUUGCCCUUAGAGAGGGCUGAGGUCACAGACAGAGGGCCACCAUUCAAAAGAAGCUAUGCCAAAUAUGCACAAUACAUUCCUGUCAUAUGAUUUUGCUCAUUAGGAUGCUUAGUAGGUUUUAGCCUUAGGACAAGCCCGCGCCCCCCCCCUUCCCCAAAACUAUAUAGGCUUCAGAGCAGGGUGCAAGGUGCAGAGGGCAGGCUGCAGUGGGGUUGUCCAGAAAUUCAGAACAUCUUCAGCCUUGAAUUCUUCAUGACUGUCUUUGCAGUCCUGUGUAGCCCUGGGUAAGGGCAUGCUGGCACAGUAGAAAAGCAAUACUUUUUACAUGGGGCUUUAAAGUGUACUGUCUUUUUGUUUUGAAUCAAUUAUAUAUACAAAUAUAUCCCACUGACUAUGCAUGUCUAGAGAGAAUGGGAGAGGAAUCUAAAUUUAGGCAAGGUAGGAUGAAGCCCAGUAAUGUCAUGUAUGACAUUUUUGAGUACUCAGGGGGCUCCGAUUCCCUCUGUGGAAGUAAGCAGAAAAUCCAAUCCAGUGGUUAAUACUGGGGAUGUGUUGGUGGAGUCCAGUUAUUUCAGCUGUUCCCAACCUUAUGAAAGAAACAAAUGAACUGGCCAGCUUCUUGCUGGGAAUGAGUCACUGUAGAAGUUGGCAUGUUCAUCCAUUGCUGGGAGUACAAGGACCCUAUAGCAGGUACUGGCUCUGAGAACUUCCCGGCUCCUGGCUGUGCAGAAGUCCAGUCUGGGCUUCAGCAGCAGCCAGCCAGGGCAGGACGUAGCUCUCUCUGCACUGAACCCUCUCCCAGGGACAGAUUUUUCCUAUGCUUCCAUAUCCCCUGGGGCCUGCACAUAAAACCUCUGAAUAUCUUAUGCGAAAAUCACCUGUAUAUAAAUGGAAGAGUGUCAACAUUGAGGAUCUGAACAAUGAAAACUCAAGAGCAAAGAUUCUCAUUUGGGCUGGAAUGUCAUUUGCUUGAUACCCUUUGGGUGAGUCACCAGGCCUUUGUAAGUGACAACCAUCAUCUCCAGAAUGGCAAUGAUCAUACAUCCUACCUCUGGGGAUUCUUCAUAAGAAACUGCUUGUGGACAUUUCUGAAUCCAGAUGAUAACCCAGAAAGACCAUCUUUAGAAACCCUGCAGCCAACUUCUUCCCACAAUGUAACCUGUGAGAAGUGCCCAAAGUCCCAUGUGUGAAUGCUGCACAGAGAUGGAAAUAUUGAAGCAGCAGAUGAGAUUAAAAACAAAGAAAAGGAUUAAGAGGAUUUAUUUCAAUGUCAAAACACAAUGUAAAAGCAAACACAUACAUUAAUAAAUGACAGCUCCAUGCUUUGCAAAGGUUAAUGUUAUGCAAAGGAUCUUGUUAUGCAGUAGGCCUGAGUUUCUGUAUGCCUAACUGGGCCCAGAGGAUGCCAAUGCAGUCAGGCCACCACCAAGCUUGGAGUAGUACAGCUCUGGCCUGUCCUUAUUGUAUAUAAAUUAAAAUGUUGCCUCUCAAUUGACCUCAAAA